GGAGGUGGUUGUUUCUGGUUUUAGCAACCAAGCUGUUGAUCCGAACUACUCACUACGAGCAUUUGGGAAUAAGGCAGCCCUUGCGUGCGACCCCGGGACUUCUGGCGACGCUCCUUCCGCGCUCAGCCCAGUGAAGUUUCCGGAAGGGCGCCCUCGCUGGGAGCCGCGUCCCACCGGAGAGGCGGGAAUCAUGGCAGACAGUGGAAAUAACAAAAGCCAAGUUCACGAGGAGCUUUGGUUAGAGGAAGAAUUUAUGAAAGAUGAACAAAGAGAGAGAUUAAUUGAUAAAAUUGCAAAGGAGAAUACUCAGUUAAAGGAGGAGAUCCAAAGGCUUGAGGCCGAGUUACAAGAGUCCACCAUAAACUCCCAGAUUAAAGAGGAUAUUCCUGAAACAGAGAUGAAAUUCACAUCUUUAGAGAAUCCUGAGAAUGACAGCCAGUUUUUAAAUGUCUCCUGUUCAUUUCAAGUGAACUCGCAAGUUCUUUAUGAGCUACAGAAAGGACAAGCACUUAUCACCUUUGAAAAAGAAGAAGUUGCCCAAAAUGUCAUCAGAAUGGGGAAACAUCACGUGCAGAUAGAGGAUGUAGAUGUGGAGGUUAUGGCCAAGCCAGUUCCAUUAAAUUCGGGAGUCAGAUUCCAGGUUCAUGUAGAAGUGUCUAAGGUGAAGAUCAAUGUUACUGAAAUUCCUGAUGAAUUGCCUGAAGAUCAGAUGAGAGACAAGCUAGAACUGAGCUUUUCUAAGUCCCGAAACGGAGGUGGAGAAGUGCUAUGCGUGCAGUAUGAUAAGCAGUCCCGGAGUGCUGUGAUUACAUUUUUGGAAACUGGAGUUGCUGACAAGAUUUUGAAAAAGAAAGAAUAUCCGCUUUGUAUAAAUCAAAACUGCUAUAGAGUUAUUGUUUCUCCAUACAUAGAAACAGACUUGAAAAAUUUUCAGGCAUUUUCAGGAAUAUCUAGGAGGACAGUGCUUCUCACUGGAAUGGAAGAUCUUCAGAUGAUGGAUGAAGAAAUUUUAGAGGAUUUAGUUAACAUUUACUUUCAACGGGAGACGAAUGGAGGUGGAGAAGUAGAAGUGGUCAAAUGUUCUCUAGGUCAGGCUUGCAUAGCAUACUUUGAAGAAUAGAGGCAUGGAAUUAGAUGAAUAUUAGAGCUUCUGAGCCCAAAGCACUGUCCAUGUGUGACAAAAAUGAAUAUCCCUUUCCUUUAAAAAAUGAAAACUUGAAUUCUUAAGUGUCCAUUUAUUCUUAGAUACAAAAAUAUAUUUCCAUGUUUUUGAAUUCUUGUUUCAAACUCUGCUGCAUGCUUACAAGUGCAGUAAAUGUACUGUAUUAAAAAGUUUUGUUUGUUCAUAAAUGAUGUGGACAGGUGCCAUGUCCAUUGAAAUCAAUCAUAAGUGAUGCAAUUGUCCCCCUGCCAUGUUGGCUCAUUCUGUCGUGGGCAUGUGGGCCAAUUCUCUUUUGGCCCCAGGUCCACCAACAUGCAGACUUCACUCAACAUUUCCCAAAGAACUGUUAUAUUCAGCUGUUUGUGAUUUCUGUAGACUUUGAAUUUCAAGGAACUUCAAGGGUGAUCAUUUCCCUCUUUCCCAUUGUAUAGCAUUUUACUCCAGAGCCCCAAAGAUAUUUUUCAGAGCUGAGUGUGGUCUUUUUAUUUAACAUUUUCUUCUGCCAGAGUGUCAAGGGUCCCCUGAUUCUUUCCAAGACACCUUCGUCAAAUAGAACUUGUAAAGGCCAUAGUUGUCUUUCCUUUACACUUGUAAGGAGAAGAAUAAGCUUAAGGGAAUGACAUCCUUAGAAUAAAGGGAGAGGUAAAUGCAAAGCUAGGGACUCCUCACUUAUCAUGCUGGAUGCAGGGGAAUGCCUGAAGAUGAAAGCACGUGCCUUUGAGUUUGAGAGAGACCCAGUUCCUUAGCAUCCCAUUGUUUUUAAGUUGUAGAAACUAAACAGUAAAAUGCAAGGUUUCUAUUCAGAGAAGGUAAAAUUCUUUUUGGUAAAGAACAUGUGAACAGCUUUUAUCCUAAUAUGGUAUGUUUCAUAAGGAGCCAAUGGCAGAAGUAAGUUUAUAUUAAAAUGUUGGCAGAAAUAAAAAGCUUUAGAAAAAGAUUCUAUGCCUAAACUUAACUCAUGCUGCCUGCCAUCUAAAAUAAAGGAAAGGAGGGGCGCCUGGGUGGCGCAGUCGGUUAAGCAUCCGACUUCAGCCAGGUCACGAUCUCGCGGUCCGUGAGUUCGAGCCCCGCGUCAGGCUCUGGGCUGAUGGCUCAGAGCCUGGAGCCUGUUUCCGAUUCUGUGUCUCCCUCUCUCUCUGCCCCUCCCCCGUUCAUGCUCUGUCUCUCUCUGUCCCAAAAAUAAAUAAAUGUUGAAAAAAAAAAUUAAAAAAAAAUAAAUAAAAUAAAGGAAAGGGGCACCUGGGUGGCUGAGCCGGUUAAGCAUCUGACUCCUGAUUUCAGCUCAGGUCAUCAUCUCAUGGUUUGUGAGUUUGAGCCCUGAAUCGGGCUCCGUGCUGACAGUGUGGAGCCUGCUUGGGAUGCUGUCUCUCUCUUUCUGCCCCUCCCCUGGUCGCAGUCUCUCUCCUUCUCUCUCAAAAUAAAUGAACUUAAAAGAAGAUCUCGUUGGUUUCACAUUUCUCUUUAGAAUGAGAGAUGGUGCCUAAAAACUGGAAAUUUAUAAUCUUCAUAUUCACUGUUUUAGGGGAAAAAUGUCUCAUAUAUCAGUUCUUUGGGAAUAGUAAGCUUAUUUCAAGCUCAAAAUUUUGAGAAAAAUUUGAAGAACCUUAUUUAAUUUUGAUUGGCACAAAAGGUAUGGUUUUUAGCCUGUGGCAGACAGACAAUCAGAAAGAAUGUUUUCCUAAUAUUUAAGGCAAGGUUUGGAAUAGUCACUUUUGUUUCUUUUGGGAGCAUUUUUUCAGCAGCAAAAUAGAUAAUUUCAUUCAAUUCUAAAUAGUCACAAUUUUUUGAUAAAUGUUUUUGAUAAAUGUUACUUACCAUAGAAAAUCAGACUUGGGCUCCUUUCACCAAUUCCACCCUUGUGUGAUCUGCCCAGAUCUCAGAAAUCAACCAUUGGCUCUCCUGUCUAUUUUUAGAGUUUUAGAGAUUUUACAGGAAGAAAGUUUCCUUUGAGAAUUUGCCAAAAGAUAUCGACUCUUGCGUAUUAAGUUAGGAAGCCUUAGAUUGUCUAGGAAGAGAUAGCUCUACUUAAUGUGUGAAAAGACACUGUCAGCAUAUAAGUCAGGAAAGAUAAUUAUGUGAAAUCAUGAAUCCCUCUUGCCCUUUGUAGAUUUAUCAGUCAGGAUAGCUCAGGUUCUGUUGUAUUAACAACCUCCCAAAUCUCUGAGGCCUAAUGAAACAAAAGUUUAAUUCUCAUUCAUGUUGAAAGUUCAACAGAGGUUGGUAGGGGGAGUCUUUUGGUCCUAAUCACUUAAGGCCCCAUCUCAAGACACGCUUCCCAAAUCAUGGAGGUGGAGAAAAAUGAAGUCUGCAGAGUCUUGCACCAGCAAUUAAAUGUGGUAAUUUAGAAGUGCUGAUGUCAUUUUGUCUCACAUCUCAUUGGCCAGAAAUAGUCAUAUGACCUCACUGAAACAGAAUGUAACUAGAAAAUUAUAUCUUGUAAAAAUGAGGAGAACCAGAUAUAGUUGAGGCAAAAUAUCAAUGAAUGUAGUUUUUCCUGUCCUAGUGAUCAUCAAUAUUUGUUGUUUUGUUUGUUUGCUUAUAGUUUUUUCAAUGUUUAUUUCUGAGAGAGACAGACAGACAGAGACAGAGACAUUGCACGAACAGGGGAGGGGCUGAGAGAUAGGGAGACACAGAAUCCGAAGUAGGCUUCAGGCUCUGAGCUGUCAGCACAGAGCCCAACACGGGUCUCGAACUUGCGAACUGCAUGAUCAUGACCCGAGCUGAAGUCGGAUGCCCAACCAACUGAGCCACUCAAGCGCCCCUGAUCAUCAAUAUUUGGAUCACUCUUCUUCAUACACAAAAUGCACUCACACCAAAAAGUUGCCCUAAGUCCUAGCAUCAAACUCAAAAGUGCAUGAACUCUAGGCGGUGUGUGGUAGUUUUUAUAACACGUCUGAAUGUUACUCCUCUUUAUCCAGAGACCCCCCCCCCGGUAUUCAGUAGUGGAACUGGAACAAGAUAACUGCAAUAAACUCUCUCAUUUGGAGAAAGAGAUCAAUAGGAGACAUAUAGUGGCCUCUAGGCCAAAGCCAUUCUGCCAUCUCCCUGAGUAGAUAUAUACUCCAUACACCCUGGGUGUGGAAUUUUGAUUAGGCCAUGAUUCCACUCUGGAAAUUCUUCUCUUGCUCAUUGUCCUCAUAGUUGCUGGACAUUCUUCUUUUUCCAUUAUCCUCCUUUACCAUAUAUAGAAUAUAUCCUUGGAAGCUGAAAAGCUUGCUUACUGUGUACACUGUGAUCAAUGUGAUCAAUGUUUGGGACCAACGUUUUUAAAGUUUUGAACCAUUAUAGUCUCUUUACUCUGGCUGGUGGCUAGUUGGCUGGUACAGUUCAAAAACUUGGUAGGCUUCUUAUCUAUUUUUUUGGGUGAGCUUACCUGUGCUAACAGCCACACUGGCAGCUUUUUCUAGACUUCUUACAGUUGCUGUAAUUCUCCACUUUCUUCCCUGUUCUUUUCUCUCCCUAUCUUUACUUAAUUGUAGGUAUCAGGCCACUUUUAGUUUCUUUUCCCUUAGCUAGUUUGUCUAGUUGAAAGGGUUAUUGAAUUCAGAACAUGAAUUGUUUGUUGUUGCUGUUGUUGUUGUUGUUCUGAGGGACCUUAAUCUGUUCAGAGAUCCAAAGCUUGAUUUGAUCAUUAAUUUGAGCCUCCCAAUAAAGCAGAGUUAUAAUCAGUC